GCAGAGCAGCGCUGUGUUGGUGGAGACAAGUUACCUGUCCCGCAGCAGAGGAACUACAGUCUGUCUGGAGCCUUGCUGACGGAUAAACUUACAGUAUCCUGCACCAAAGCAAACUACUUAGAUCAUCGGCAGCGACAUGAGAGAGUGCAUCUCUAUCCAUGUGGGCCAGGCAGGUGUCCAGACAGGAAAUGCCUGCUGGGAGCUCUUCUGCCUUGAGCAUGGCAUCGGGCCUGAUGGCGUCUUCCUGGACAAUCCUGCAGAACUGAACUCUCGUGAAGACCCAUUCAACACUUUCUUCAAUACUGGGAGCUCUGGGUGUCAUGUUCCAAGAGCGAUAUAUGUGGACCUGGAGCCCACAGUGGUUGAUGAAGUAAGGGUUGGAAAGUACAAAGAGCUUUUUCACCCUGAGCAACUGAUCUCUGGAAAGGAGGAUGCAGCCAACAACUACGCUCGUGGCCAUUACACUGUCGGGAAAGAAAUCAUUGAUGCAGUCAUGGAGCGAGUUCGUAAAAUGACGGACCAGUGCACAGGCCUGCAGGGGUUCCUCGUCUUUCACAGCUUUGGUGGUGGAACUGGCUCUGGCUUCACCUCUCUGCUGAUGGAGCGUCUGUCUCUAGACUAUGGCAAGAAAGCCAAGCUGGAGUUCGCUGUCUAUCCAGCUCCCCAGGUGUCAACUGCUGUGGUGGAGCCCUACAACGCCAUCCUAACCACCCACACCACCUUAGAGCACUCUGACUGCGCCUUCAUGGUUGACAACGAGGCCAUCUACGACAUAUGUCGUCGCAACAUGGACAUUGAGAGUCCUGGCUACAUCAACCUCAACAGAUUGAUCGGUCAGAUUGUUUCCUCAAUCACGGCCUCUCUUCGUUUUGAUGGCGCCCUCAAUGUCGAUCUGAUGGAGUUCCAGACCAACCUGGUCCCAUUUCCACGUAUCCACUUCCCACUGGUUACCUACUCACCCAUCAUCUCUGCUGAGAAGGCGUACCACGAGCAGCUGACUGUGUCCGAGAUCACAAGCGCUUGCUUCGAGCCAUCCAAUCAGAUGGUGAAGUGCGACCCUCGUCACGGCAAGUACAUGGCGUGCUGCAUGCUGUACCGAGGUGAUGUCAUCCCUAAGGAUGUGAAUUCGGCCAUUGCAAAUAUAAAGACCAGACGUUCCAUUCAGUUUGUCGACUGGUGCCCGACUGGCUUCAAGGUUGGCAUUAAUUACCAACCUCCAACUGCAGUUCCUGGUGGCGACCUGGCCAAAGUCCAGAGGGCUGUGUGCAUGCUGAGCAACACCACCGCCAUUGCUGAGGCCUGGUCUCGCCUUGACCACAAAUUCGACCUCAUGUACGCUAAGCGUGCGUUCAUCCACUGGUAUGUGGGUGAGGGCAUGGAGGAGGGAGAGUUUGCAGAGGCCAGAGAGGACCUGGCCUGUCUUGAAAGGGAUUACGAGGAGUUGGGUCACAUGAGCCCAGAUUCUGAAAAUGACGACGACGGUCAAGAAUACUGACCCUUGUGAGGCUUUGGGCUGUGACGGCUGCACAGCAAUUAAUUGAUGAUCCUGUACUGAGUCAAUAACGAUUUCAUAUCUGUACUGCGUAUCUUCUAAGCUUGAGUUAACCAAAUUGAUGAUCUUUCUCACUGCCAUGUUUUUAUAAUGUCAGCUUUGGAUUAAGAAGAAAAACUGCUCUAAAUUGUAUUUAAAUCGUAAGUUUGUCUUGGCAUAUUCUGUGUUAAUGGGACAGAAAUCAAAAAUAUAUAUUUUUCUGCUUUAAGACUUAGAGUUCUGACCGCAGCAGCCACAGUUCGACUCCAACCUGGGGGCCUUUGCUGCAUGUCAUCUCCCUCUCUCUCUCUCUCUCUCUCUCUCUCUCUCUCUCCUUUCCUGUCUAUGUCUGCAGCUGUCACUGUCUAAUAAAAACCUAAUGUUAAAAAAAAAUGUAUAAAAUUCAACACAUUGUUAAAGAUUAAACCAGUGGUUCACAAACUUGUUGGUUUGUGACCUCUUACAAAAACGUG